UCUUUAAAAACUCCUCUUCUUUCAUUCUCCUCUGUUUCUCUCUCUGCAAUAUACUCUGUUCUGUGUUCCUUUGUAAUUGAAUUCUCUCUCUCUCUCUCUCUCUCUCUCUCUCUCUCUCUCUCUCUCUCUGAGAGCCUUUUCGUUGCCAAAACAAUAAGAAAAAAGAGAUGGGUGCUCUUGAUUUUCUCUCAGAUUACUUCUCAGUUUCUACGCCAAAGAAGAAACGCAAGGCAAUGCAGACCGUUGAAAUCAAGGUGAAAAUGGAUUGCGAUGGCUGUGAAAGAAGAGUUAAGCAUUCUGUUUCCGGCAUGAAAGGGGUGAAGGAAGUGGAUGUGAACAGGAAGCAAAGCAGAGUAACAGUGACAGGAUAUGUGGAUCCAAACAAGGUGUUGAAGAAAGUGAAGAGCACAGGAAAAAGGGCAGAGUUUUGGCCAUACAUACCCUAUAACCUAGUCGCGUACCCUUAUGUGGCUCAGGCUUACGAUAAGAAGGCUCCUUCUGGGUAUGUCAGAAACGCUGUCCAAGCACUUCCUAACCCUCAUGCUCCUGAUGAGAAGCUCACUUCUUUCUUCAGUGAUGAAAACCCUAAUGCUUGUUCUGUUAUGUGAACUGAAACCAGACAGCCAUAACCAUGUAUGCUUUGUUUAUUCAAUUUGUUUUCUGCUGCUUGUAAUGUAAGUUUUGUCUCCGUGUUUGGCCACUAGGGGAACAGAUUUUUAUUUUUUGUGUUUGUAGAAAUGUAGUUUCUUGUUUUGCUGUAGGACCUUGUAAGAGUUGUGAAUUAUAGUCAUAUCACUUCUCAGUUUUAA